AUGAAGCCAGUGGCCCGUGACCCCUGCGCACUCAACACUAUGUGGGAGUCAAUCAGGAAGUCGGACAACGAACCAUUCGUCUGUGAUCUAGGGUUGGGACAUGGAGUCACUCAUUCGAAGUAUACAUCAUCGGGAAAGCGAAAUGUAAUACCGAAGUGGGCCCCUCCUGAGUCGUUCGGCCCAGGCUACGUGGCGACCUAUGAAGGAGACGUAUGGUCUCUGGCCUGCGUUCUUCUGGAACUGUUCACUGGGUAUCGUCUUUGGCAAAACAUCGUGGGUAACAAGCUUGGUCAGGUGCUCUCAAUGAAUGAAGUCCUGGCACGGUUUUUCCAUGGCAAUGUCACACCCAACAUCCUCUCCCUUGUUGACAUCGCAGCCGUCCGUAAUGCUCUCCAAAGUUGCUUCACCAAAGAAAAAGAGAAGCGGCCAUCUGCUAAGGACCUCACUGAGAUUUUUGAAGGGGCCUUGUUGUCGGUCAACGAGUAG